GGGAACAGAGAAAGAAAGAGACUAGGAAUCUCCAGAUGAGGAGGGCUCUACAGAGUUCAUUUGGUUGGCCCCUCUCUCUGGGAAGGACUCCACCCAGAGAAAUGACUCCUGUUGAGUUCAUUAGAUUUCUCUCCUCGCAAUUGAGGGGCACAAAGGCCAGGAGUGAGGCUGCAAUUGUUCUUGUUUAAAGAUCACCCCAGCCUUCUCUCAGGACUGCCUCCUGUGAACUAGCUAAAAAGAGUCCUAUUUGGGGACAGGGGCAGAGUUGGUGUUACUGAGUAGAUGUAAGGUGAUCUUCCAGUAUAAGACUAUGAUGAGAGAAUUAUGGAAAAUCUGAGGGCUGCCUGAGUGUCUCAUUAGACAGAAUUUUGAGAAAGGGCCAGUUCUUCAAUGGACUCAGAGCAUGACAGUCAUCAGUGCUGGUCAGAUGGGCUGAAAGCUCCAAGCUUUUCUCAGUCAGAAACCAGGGCUUUGUGGGCAUCCAAUUAUAGGGGCAAGUUUGGAAACUGGACGUGGAGAAAUGUCAUCCUGAAGGAUGGGACAGGUUAGGAGGCUGCCAGGUCCCAUCUGUGGGAGGCUGUAUGACUCCAUAGAGCAGAGGUUCUUAACCAGGGACCUGUAGACCUAGAAUGAGGCAGGGAGGGACAGUAUUGAAUUUGGAUGGAAAAAAAUUACUUCUUUAUUUUCACUGACCUCAUAUUGAAAUGAUGAAUGUAGGCAGCAAACCACAGAAGUGCCGGUGAAUUUGUCGGUAAUAGACAUCACAGAGAUUUACAUCUCACAUGCCAGUUGUUGCAGGCACCUCAAAAGCUCAUUUCUGCUUGUUACCACUUCCAAAUUUCAGUAGUUAUUGGAACUACCAUUAAGUGUGGUUAUUUAAUGCAUAAAUCAAGAAGCCCAUGUUACUGUAUCACGUUUUUUAAAUUUUAUUUAUUUUAUUUAAUUUUGGCUAUGUUGGGUCUUUGUUGCUGCGCGCAGGCUUUCUCUAGUUACAGUUAGCAGGGGCUCCUCUUCAUUGCAGUGUGCAGGCUUCUCAGUGCGGUGGCUUCUCAUUGCGGAGCGUGGGCUCUAGGCACGUGGGCUUCAGUUGCAGCACAGGGCUCAGUAGUUGUGGCUCGUGGGCUCUAGAGCACAGGCUUAGUAGUUGUGGCGCUCGGGCUUAGUUGCUCUGAGGCAUAUGGGAUCUUCCCGGACCAGGAAUCGAACCCAUGUCCCCUACAUUGGCAGGCGGAUUCUUAACCACUGUGCCACCAGGGAAAUCCCGAAUCACAUCUUUUUUUGGCAAUAUUUUGAUAAUGGGGUUUUACUAUGAUGAGUUUCCUUUGUAAGUCUGUGUAUUUUAUUUUGUGCAUUUAAAAAUACUAUUCAGAGAAGAGAUUUACAGGCUUCCUUAGACUGCCAAAAGGGUCCAUGGCCUGGUUCACAGUAAAGGCUCCAUACAUGAAAGUGUCCUCCCUCCCUCCCUUCCUCCUUCCUAAUUCCUUUCUUCCUUCUCUUUCUCACCCUCUUUCCUUCAUUCUUUCUGCCUUGCUCAGAGCCUCCCUUCAGCGCUUCUCCUCCCUACUGAAUAAUGUUCAGCAUCCUGGCUGAUUACUGAGCACUACUGGAAUUGAUGGGGGAAAAAGUAGGGAAGCGGGGGAGAGAAGAGGCAGAGGGACAAGAAGGAGGAAAGAAGUGAGAAGAGAGGAAUGAAAAGAUGGUUGGGGGAGAUGUGGAAUAUAAAUAUUCAUGAUCCUUGGAAUUAGUUAAUGCUCCUGAGAGGCCCUCUGAGGCCCAGGUUCCAGUUAAAGGAUGGCUCUCCAUCUGUCUCUUUUCUGGGCUUCUAUCACCAUCGAUCUAAACUGUUGCAAUACCCUCUUUCCUGGCCUUCUACUCGCCACCCUCUCCAGUAUAUUCCACUGCCUACAUCCAGAAAGAGUCUUUCAAAUGCAUCUUUGAUUACAGCCCUCUCCUGCUCAGAAAUAGUCAGUGAUUUUCCCUUGUCUGCUUGAUGAAGUACAAAUGUGUUAUCCUGGGUAUUCAAGGCCCUGCUCCACUCUCUGGCUCUAACUCUUUACCAGCACGUCCCCCUACUCUUCCCCUAGGUGAAGCUUGUAUUUCAGGCAGUCUAUUCACAGAGCAAAUGCGAAGGGUACUUACUCUCUUACUCCUUCACUUCUGCUCUAUUGCCUCCACUUAAAAGAGUCCCUGAUCACCCUUCCGGGACUAUCCAUGGACAGCCUCUGCUUUGAGAUAUUGCUCAAGUCAUACCCUCUCUGCAACACUUUCCUGGCAACCUGAGACUACACUAUCUCUGAAAGUCCAGAGCAUUUUGUAAAAAUUGGUUGGGUAGCAGCCUUUAUACCUUUGCCUCUUCUACCCAAUAAACUCCAUGAAAACAGAAGCCACGUCUUGUCAUUGUUAUAUUUCUCACAAGAUUUCAGGCGAGAAAUUAUAUUUCAGGCUUGACACAGUUGAUUCUUCCAGAUUUCUUCACCUCAGUAAAGACUUUUAAGUCCACUUCUUAUUCUUUUUUCCCUCUCCUGAACAUCCUUUUUUUUUGUGAGCCUGCCUCUUGUCUCUGGUUGCUGAUACUACAGAAAAGAGAACAUAGUCUUGGGAGUCAGACCAGGUCUGCCAUUUACUUGUUAUGUGACCUUGUGCAAGUAAGUCAUUCACCCUCCACUGUUGUAACACAGAGCUCUUAAGACCAUUCUGAUAAUCAAAGAGGAGAGGAAACCCUCAAUAGAUGUUCAUUUUCUUUCUUUCUGUUAUAGAAAUUGAUAUUACUUGGAGCCCAAUCACCCCACCUCAUAAGACAUUUGAUCAACAGAAGAGUGACUACCGCUUCCGAGACAGGCACCCUAGACUCUGAUUUCAUUGCACCUUCAGGAAAAAUAAUGAGUAACUAGAUCCUACAAAAUGAGGCAAAUAGAGACUUUGAUACCUUCCCAACAUUCCCACAGGCCCUUUCAAAGCAUCAUUCACUGCUCGGUCUCCUUCACCCCCUACAUCCAAUCAACUGCCAACCCGUGAAAAUUCUGCCUCCAGAGUUUCUUUCAAAUGGAUUUCAGGAAUAGUAGCCUAUUUCAGGUUCCCAUCGCCUCUCAUCUAAGUCACUGCAACUCUUAGCUGACCUCCCUGCCUUAGUUUCUCCUGUUCCCAUAGUCAUCUCAAAGGACCUUCCUGAUACACAGAUAUGAUCGUGCUCUUCCCCUGCUAAGAACCGUCACUGGCUUCUCAUUCCCUUCAGCAUCAGACCUGAGCUCCCCUGCUUCCUUCCCAGCGUCAUCUCCUGCUCCAUGGUGUUCCCGUGCUCCCUGUACUUUUGUGAGUUAUGGUAUUACUCUUCCAUCUCCAGGCCUUCGUUCAAGCUCUUCCUUACGUGUGGAGGCCCUUCUGCCACUAAUCCAUCUAUCAAAACCCUACUCUUCCUCCAAGAUUCAGUUUAAAUCUUACCGUCUGCAAGAAGCCUUUCUAGAUUACCCAGGAGUAGAGAAUGGCCUUCAUCCUUUGAUUCCCAUAUAAUGACAUUUGAAUGCUAACUGUGUUGUUCUCACCCUCUGGGAUAUAUCCAUCAUUUGUGGUACCAGUCUUCCCCUCUAGACUAUGAGUUUCUGGAAGACAGGAACUUUAUUUUUUACAUGUCUUAAUAUGACUUAAAAUUAAUUAAGCAUACACAAAGUGCUUAAAAUAGCUCUUGGUUCAUAAUAAAGACUGAACAAAUGCUCCCUACUUUUCUUCCCCAAAACUUGGAGUGAAGAUACAUGAACUCUCUGAGCCUCCAUUUCUUCCUGCGUAAAAUGGGGAUAAUAAAACUAUCUACGUCUCAGGAUCAUGAGAGGAUUAAAUGAGAUAAUGCACAUUAAGUGCUGAACAGAGUGCUUGCUGACGAUAAAUGCUCCAUGCGCGGCAUCAGUGACCACACUUACAUUAUUUUCACCAUUUGCGUACUUACGCUCUUCACCCCCCUCCUUCCAGGCCCCACCCCUGCCCUCAGUGCUUCUAGCGCAGGGAUUUCACACAAGGUGUGCUCAGUCUAUGUUUGUUGAAUUUUUAAAUUAUUUUAUUUACUCUCAUGGGUUUUUAUACUUAUAGUCAUACAGAUCCACUGUGUAACCACAAAGCCACAGAAAUUUGUCUGUGACAAACCAGCCAUGUUCUUGGAUUUUGGAAUGCUUUGAGCCAACUGAUGAAGGUGCCGGGUUUUCACUUUACACUGGAAAUGACAGGUUGCCCAUAGCCUUACACACUCAUGCACAGCCUGGAACCUCCAAAGGCCUUUCUUUAUUUGGAAUAAGGGCAUUGUUGGUUUCUCUCUCUGUUAACAUUCACCUGCCACUUGGAGAAUUUUGAAAUCAAACUUCCCUGUGCUACAAUUGAAUGUAACAAAUAUAUUUAUCCUGAGUCAUCUUCCUGUGCUUGGCACUGUGCUGAAGGCUGUUCUCAAGAAGCUUACUGCCUAAUAGGCAGAGGGCCAGACACGUAAGGUGCUAACUACACAACCAGCAAAAUGAAACAGGACCAAAUAGAAGCAGAAGUAAUGUGUUGUGGGUGUGUACAGGAGGGAACUCUUCAUUCUGACCAGAGAAUAAGCAAAGAUACCAUCAAGGAGGUAUCAUUUGAGCUAAGCCUUGAUGGCUGAGAGAAUUUUGAUAUAGACAGAAAGUUGGAGAGAGGGUAAUCAGAAUAAGGGAACAGCAUCACCAGAGGCAUGGAGAUGUGAAAUUGCAUGAUGUGGGCUGAAAGAAUGGGGAGUAGACUAAGGUGGUUGGACUUCCAUUUCUCACUCUUCGGCCAUUUACAUCCCAUCUUCUGGUUCUUUCCACAGCUGAGUACCACCUAUGCUAUUAUUUCCUAACAUUUUUUUCCCCAAAUCGAAUCAAUCCUGUAACCUAAGUUAAUAUAUUCUAACAGGAAAAUUUAUAUUACCACCAUGAAUUCACUUUUAUUCACUACACAUUAAAAUAACUUUCCAUCCAUGAGCCACUUCAGAUCACCCUGUGUCCCUACAGUGGUGUGGGGAUCUCAUGCUAGAUCAUAAGGGAUGUGAGUGCCGAUGCUGAGAGAUGAGGUCAGGAAGGUGUGUGGGGCCGGUCCAUGGAGGGCCUUAAAUGCCAGGCUAACAUGUUCAGACUUUAUCCUGUCAGCGAAGGGAAAAUAUUGAAGAUUUCAGAGGAGACAAGCAUUAUGACUGUGUUUUAAAAAUAUAUCUGACAGCGGCAUGGAAAAUAGACUGGAGGGGAAGAGACCAGCAGGCAAGAAUAGACAAAAGACUGCAGUCCAGCCCAGAGGAGGUCAAGUUCUGGACCACAGCAGUGGCAAUGGAGGCAGAGGCAGGAGGAUGAAUGGGAGAGAUCUUUUUUUUGGAAUGGGAGAGAAGUUAAAGAUAGCUCCAAAAUGUUGAAACUGUGACAUUUUCCCUGAGGCCUGAAAUAUGAAUAGGAACUAGCCAGGCAAAGAGCUGAGGAAAGAGUUUUCCAGGCAAAAGGUAUAACAUGCACAGAAGCCCAGAGGCUGGAAAACAGAAUGAAUUGAAGAAACUGACAGAAGAACAGUAUGGUGGCAUGCAAAGAGCCAGGGGUUGGCCAGGGGCUCCAUCACGGAGGACCUUCGGAAGCAAGGUUACAAGACUGGACUUGAUCCUAAGAGUCAUGGGAAGUCAUAUUUUAAAGUGGAAUUCAACUCCCACUGCUGUCAGAUGUAUCACGGACAUUUUGAAUGGGACAAAAUCGAACACAGUAAAGCAGUUUCUAAUAUGGUGUUUUAUAAUAUAUUUAACAUAUAAUAAAGUGUUUAUUAUAUGUUAUAUAAUAAAGUAGUUUCCUCUCAGCAUCAAAUAGCCCAUACACUGCAGGCAGCCCCUCUCCACUGGAAUGUGCCGACAGAGCAGUUCCACAAAGGAAGGCGGGUUGAGCUUUCAGAAGGGACUUCCUGAGGUCCCAGAAUGGGGAUAUCAGCCACCGGCCCAAGGUGCCGUUCCUUCCAAUUGCCAAGUAGUGCUGUCCUUCAACCACAGCUGAGGACCUACUCUGAGAAUGUCAUGGUUCUGCCGUUUCCUCGGUUAAGAUCUCAGCCAUCAAGGGAACCCAGAUCCAGGGACUCAGAGGUCAUCCUGGACCACAGCAGAACUUGGAGUGGGGUGGGGGGUUGGAGAGGAUGAGGAGAGAAAAGUCUCACACUGGCCUUGACUUGCUCCUUCACCACAGAGCUGAGAUCGGGGUUAUGAGAGGUGAAUUAAACUUGAAGGGAACUGAAAGGCACGAACACUUUGUGUCCCCUCAGGAGCUAUUCCUAUUCUUCUUAUACCCUACUUUCUGGUGUUCACUAAAUUCUGGAUAGUGUCCAUGCUUGCCUUAGCCUGGCUCGCCUAUGACUGGAACACCCACAGUCAAGGUGGUAGGCGUUCAGCUUGGGUACGAAACUGGACCCUCUGGAAAUAUUUCCGAAAUUACUUCCCAGUAAAGCUGGUGAAGACUCAUGACCUCUGUCCCAAACACAACUAUAUCAUUGCCAGCCACCCCCAUGGCAUUCUCUCUUAUGGUGUCUUCGUCAACUUUGCCACUGAGGCCACUGGCUUUGCUCGGAUUUUCCCAGCCAUCACUCCUUAUGUAGGGACCCUGGAAGGGAUCUUCUGGAUCCCAAUUGUGCGAGAUUAUGUGAUGUCAAUGGGUGUGUGCCCAGUGAGUGAGCUGGCCUUGAAGUAUUUGCUGACCAAGAAAGGUUCAGGCAAUGCUGUGGUUAUCGUGGUGGGUGGAGCUGCUGAAGCCCUCUUAUGCCACCCAGGAGCCUCUACCAUCCUCCUUAAACAGCGUAAAGGUUUUGUGAAGUUGGCACUGAAGACAGGAUCAUACCUUGUCCCUUCCUAUUCCUUUGGAGAGAAUGAGGUUCACAAACAACCAACCUUCCCUGAGGGCACAUGGCUAAGGUUCUUCCAAAAAACCUUGCAGGACACAAUCAAAAAAACCCUGAGGCUAAGUUUCUGUACCUUCUAUGGCCGGGGCCUCACUCGAGGAUCCUGGGGCUUCCUGCCUUUCAAUAGGCCCAUUACCACGGUUGUUGGGGAACCCCUGCCAAUUCCCAAAAUUAAGAAGCCAAACAAGAAGACGGUGGACAAGUACCACACACUCUACGUCAGCGCCCUGCGCAAGCUGUUUGACCAGCACAAAGUUCAGUAUGGCCUCCCUGAGACCCAGGAGCUGACAAUCAUAUAACAGCAGCUGGAUGUCCCCGUUAUUGAACCCCAAAAGCAUUGAGGGAUCCAAGUAGGGCCACAGGGAAGGAAGAAUCUCGGGAGAGGGGAGGAUCUCAGGGUUGAGUGAGGAGGCCAACCAAGCCAGAAAGUACUUAAUGAAUCCGGCUUAGAGGAAGGAACCAGAGGAAUGGGGAAGACUGGGCAACAGCCCAGUUUAGCAAGCAGAGUCUUGUGAGUCCACAGAUCUUUUUUGCCCCCAACUCCAGCCAACUCUGAUCAGAGGAAUGAGAAGCCAAAGGACACCAUGUCUUUUCCUCCUGAGCCUUGGUGAUACCAUCACUAUUUAGCUUGAGGCUUAGAAGCCUUGUUGAGAACAAGGAUGGUUUGUUUCCUCCUAGGCCCUUGGCCCUUUCCUUGCAAUUUGGAGGCAACCACAAGGUAAACCAGGCACCUAAGCUAUACUUCCAAAGCAAGCACAAUUCCCUCAGCUGUGAUACAGUUCUCCACUAGCAAAAACUUUAUUAAAAAUAAUUAUGCCAUUUCUUCUAUAAAAAUAAAGCUGUAGAUAUGCAAAACAGGAUAUGACUAUUUCCUAAUUACUGUGUGGUUCACUGCUGGGCUUCCCUGAAACCUAGCGGGAAAGCUGGUCUGUGGGGAGUCAUUUUCCUCUUCUUUAUCCACCCUUUAUUCUGCACUUGACAGAAAAGGUGGAGUAGUGGAACCAGAACUGCUGCACAGUGUAGGAGACAGGACAGAAGCAUGGCAACUGGCACAGGCACGCCCCGAGUAGCCCGUCUCUCCUAAUCCCACAUAACCACUGUGGAUGAGGAGGGAGGGCACCUACAAGACCACGUACCAGUUGUGAGUCUGCUUUAUGUCAGGAACCUACUGCGGGGAAUUCCCUGCCGGU